AGAUGUGUUUCAGGCGUGAUCAGUUGAGGCGGUGGGACUCCUCUGUUCGCUCAGUGGGAUCAACUUAUUUCAGAGGAUAUACCGUGCCCUUUUCGAACACCUUGAGUUCAAUGUAACAGGUAUCGUAACCAGUGUAGGUCAAGGGUAUUCGGGGAGUUACUUUGUGGCAGAAUUUAGGCUAUUUAGUCGUGUUUUUAAACGCUGAAGAAAAUGCCUGUAGCUUCUCUCCUGCCUUUCACGGCCACUCCGAAUAGGAAGUCCGCCAGCCCGACCUCCUUCAGGCUCACGGAGAAAUUCAUCUUGCUUUUAGUGUUCAGCGCCUUCAUCACCCUGUGUUUCGGAGCUAUCUUCUUCUUGCCGGAUUCCUCUAAGCUUCUCAGCGGAGUUUUCUUCCGCUCGUCCUCGGUGGAGGCAGAGACGCGCACAGGUACGGUCAGUGACACGAGCACCGGGACGGGCAAGGAUGAGAAGAUCCUGGCCAAGAUUCGAAAAGACCACGAAAAGGCGCUGAUCGAGGCUAAGGACACCCUACAGAAACGGCCGGACGAGAUCAAGCAAGACAUCAUGCGCGACAAGGAGAUAGUUGCGCAGGUGAAUGGAGCGGACGGUGACAGUUUGCCGUUCGUUCAGUACGUGCGACCGCCCGGUGCAACAGGGCACGAACCCGCGGAUCCUGAGGUUAAAGAGAAAAGAGCCAAGAUAAAAGAGAUGAUGCAGUUCGCUUGGGACAAUUACAAGCGCUACGCCUGGGGCUCCAACGAGCUGCGUCCCGUCUCCAAGCAAGGCCACUCCAGCAAUUUGUUUGGUAGUCUCAAAGGAGCCACCAUUGUGGAUGCACUGGACACGCUCUACAUUAUGGAGAUGUAUGACGAAUUCGAGACUGCUACUGAGUGGGUGGACCGAAACCUAGACUUUAACAUGAACGCCGAAAUAUCUGUCUUUGAAGUGAACAUCCGUUUUGUCGGAGGCCUGCUGUCCGCCUAUUAUCUCUCAGGCAAAGAGGUGUUCAGGAAAAAAGCUGUUGAACUAGGAGAGAAGCUGUUGCCGGCUUUUAAGACCCCGACUGGCAUCCCCUGGGCUCUCCUCAACCUAAAGAGUGGGAUCGGCAGAAACUGGCCAUGGGCGUCAGGAGGAAGCAGCAUUCUCGCAGAAUACGGGACGCUGCAUUUGGAGUUCAUGCACCUCAGUGCACUCUCCGGGAGACCCGUUUUUGCAGAGAAGGUAAUGAACAUCAGAAAGGUGCUGAAUCGGCUGGACAAACCUCAAGGAUUGUACCCGAAUUACCUGAACCCUAACAGUGGACAGUGGGGCCAGCAUCACGUCUCAGUUGGAGGCUUGGGGGACAGUUUCUACGAGUACCUGCUGAAGGCCUGGCUCAUGUCAGACAAAAGUGACGAGGAGGGAAAGAAGCUCUACUACGAUGCCCUGCAGGCAAUUGAAAAGAAUUUGAUCCGGAAGUCAAGCGGAGGGUUGACGUAUAUCGCAGAAUGGAAAGGCGGACUCCUGGAGCAUAAGAUGGGUCACCUGACCUGCUUCGCCGGUGGUAUGAUUGCUUUAGGAGCAGACGGAGCCCCGGAUGAUAAGACGGGGCACCAGAUGGAGCUCGCGGCUGAGAUCGCCCGCACGUGUCAUGAGUCUUACGCCCGAACAAGUAUGAAGCUGGGUCCCGAGGCGUUCCGUUUCGACGGCGGCGUGGAGGCCAUCGCCACACGGCAAAAUGAGAAGUACUUCAUCCUGAGGCCGGAGGUCAUCGAAACGUACAUGUACAUGUGGCGGUUCACCCACGACCCCAAGUACAGGCAGUGGGGCUGGGAGGCGGUACAGGCUCUGGAGAAGUACUGCAGGUUGGAAGGGGGUUACAGCGGAGUAAGAGACGUCUACGCCAGCACACCUAACCAUGAUGACGUGCAGCAGAGCUUCUACUUGGCUGAAACACUCAAGUAUUUGUAUUUGCUGUUCUCAGACGAUGACCAUUUGCCCUUCGAUCAGUGGGUGUUCAACACGGAGGCUCAUCCUCUUCCCGUCAUUAAGAAACCAAGCCCAGAGUUAGCCAACCAUCUCAAGUAAUCUUCAUCCCACCCCAAAGAACCAAUGAAACGUAACUUCCUGGACCUUCUUUAACAGUGGACAAUAGUAAUGGGUGUAUAAGACUGGAGAGAACUUCAGAACUUCUGGAGAGAACUUCAAAACUUCUGUGUUUCUCCACAGUCCUCUCUCCUCUGCUGUCUUUUUCUUUCUCGGGAUUCUGCAUGCUGCCCCUGCCCUCUCUCUCUCUCUCUCUCUGACACUCUGGACAUGUCUCUGAGCCUCAGAGACCAAGAAGGACCAUAUUUCCUCUGUGAGGAGACCAGACCAUUUUCCAUUGUGUUUGCCCUCUUACACACUUUAUAAAGCCAUAGGUAACUCGGUGUAUCGACAUCCCUUUUUUUUUUUUUUUUUUUUUUUUUUUUGGCAUAAUCUGUGUUUACAGAAGCGAAGAUAUGACAUAUCCACCAAACUUCGCUGUCUCUUGCUGUCCGUUUCUUUCGGGUGAUGUUUGGUUCGGUAUUUUGACGCUUUAUACUACAGCAAGGUAGGGAAAGCAAGUCAACUAGUGCCUUUUAGUCUUACUGAUCGAUUUAGUCAUGUUUUAAUAGCAACGCUCUAUUUAUUUUCCCUCUGACCAAGAGCUUCAGCCUUCUUAAGCUUGUGAUGGACAGUCGUUUAUCAUUCAUUCCGCUACAUUCGUGAGCUUACUUUGUUGCAUAAAAUGUGUUCAAAAUGUGUUUUAAUUGUUUACUUAAUCAAUGGAGGCAGAGACUUUUUUUAUCCUAGACAUGUAAAAUAAAGUACUUUGUGUUAAUUUAUUAAUCAAGACUUAGGGUUUUUGUCUUUUUUGUGAAUUGUGAAGGACAGAAAACUAUGGAGCCCCUGAUGGGACACGGUGAUGGAAAAGUCAAUGCCUUUGCGUUCUCUCGCAAAAUGAUUGCAUUCCUCCAAGAAACUUUGCGUUUGCUUGCAAAAUAUUGCGUUUCCCAGAGAAACAUUGAAAUAUAGUUUUUCCUCCCAUCCCAUAAUGAAAGUUUUGUAAAUGAACAGUUUCUUGGCGGAACGAAAGGUUUUGUAAGCAAACACGUUUUUUAAGAAAGUGCAAAUGCAAAAAUUUUGCAGGAGAUCUGAAGAAUUAAAUUGGAAAUUUCAUCCCAUUUCCCUUUAGGGGCUCUGUAGUAAACCGUGAUGAAGCUGCUUAUAUCCAUUGGGAAAGUGUUUUAUUAGGACAUGGGCAGCGUCGGUCAAAAAGGGGAAUGAAUAUUUGUUUGAAUGUACCACCAAAUGUGAAUUGAACAUACUUUGGCCUAGUUGUUGUGAUUUUAUCAUUUUAUCUGUUUGCGUCUUUUGAUUUAACAUGAAAGCACAACGUUGUGAAUCAGUAUGUUCGGGUUCUCCAUGUAGAAAAGAAUAGGAAUAUUACUGUACAAUGUGACGGCAUGAGAGAAGAUUUUCGAUGGUGAAUGAUGCAAAGCAGUCCGUGGCACUGGAGACAACACACACACAUACACAGGAAACUAAUAAGAAAAAUAUCAUUGGCUUGCAUAUACACUACAUCUAUUACACAUUACACAGCCACAUUCCAAUUCUAGGAGGAACGACCCAAUUCCCACCUUAUUAAUGGUUUUUUUUGGAAAUAAAUCGACACCUCAAACUUGAGGUUUGAAUCGCAGGAGGUGCUUGACAUGUUUGUUCCUAGUGUCUACAUUUAGGCAGUGUUUCCAAAAAUAAGAAGAAAAAAAACCCUGACCCACUCUGCUUAACUAGUAUGGUGUGGUGCUUUAUCCAAUGUAUUAUACUGGCGGAUCUACAUGGGAAAAAAGACCAGACCAGCGACUGCAACUCUUGGUGUUUCUCUGCUAUAUGUGCGCUGGCGAGUAAUAUACGAAAGCAAGGGAGGCCCGUCAUGAAACACUGUGACACUGUAGAUAAGACAUCGCGUUCACUGUAUUCAUGAUGCCGCGAAUCUAAACGAUGUUUAGCACUGCCGCGGCUUAGCGCGGACUAGCGCUUCGUGCUGUCUCUUUAGUGAAGCUGUGACUGAGAAUCCAGAGAAUCUUAGGUGACAGUCUGGAACAGGAAUAGGAGAUGUGCUUUUCAGAUAAAAAAUUUGUCGUUUAAAUAUUGUGUUGAUGAUCUUGCAUAGAAAAUGCCUUUUUUUCGUUUGUGAUUCUUGUCGUUUGUUAUUUCUUCAUGAGACAACCUCAGACAUGUAACUGUACUAUAUUGCUGAUAAUCAUUCCAUUGCACAUAAUCUGAUUGGUUUUUGUUAUGUUUUUCUUUAAUAUAUAUGCAAUUAAUUUUGUGGGGAAUUGUUUGGUUUUAUUUCUUAUUCGUUAAUUUGUUUUUAGUUUUUUUUAAAUGUACAUAUUGCAUUCUGGCAAACUGCCAGCCAUCAUUUAUAUAAAUCUUACGAUCUUAUCAUGUAAUAAAUUAUAUGAAAGCAAAGGUUUUUGAUAAACUAUAUUUGUUACACUUCAAUUGUGAAUAAAACAAUCUUUUAAUAUGA